GCAGGUGUGUAACACACACACGCAAACAUACGCACACAAACACACGCCUAUUUCCCCGCCUCCAUCUGAACUUGAAAGACCGACGCAAAAUGACAACCAGGAAGCCACUCCUCAGUACACCAUGUUCUGGUGAAAACGAAAGUAUCACUUGGUACGUCUUUCUCUUAGUGUGCGUAUGGUUGUGAGAGAAAGCAAACAAAAUGGCAGAGGCAAUUUUAAAGCAAGAAGAGGACUCCUUCACGUGUCCAGUCUGUCUAGAUUUGCUGAAGGAUCCAGUGACUAUUCCCUGUGGACAUAAUUUUUGCAUGAGGUGCAUUGAGGGCUGCUGGGAUCAGGACGAUCAGAGAGGAGUCUACAGCUGCCCCCUGUGCAAAGACACCUUCACUCCCAGAGCUAAACUAAAAAAAAAUCAUCUGAUUGCUGAAAUGGUGGAGACAUUUAGGAAGACCAGAAUCCAAGCUUCUCCUAUUACUCCCUCUAAUGCUGGACCUGGAGAUGUGGAGUGUGACCUCUGCACUGGGAGAAAACUCAAAGCUGUGAAGUCCUGUCUGGAUUGUCUGUUGUCUUACUGUGAAACUCACUUCAAAGCUCACACUGAUGUAAACCCCGGGAGAAAACACUCAGUGAUUGAUGCCACAGGACAGCUACAGGAGAGGAUCUGCUCUCAUCAUAAGAAGGUUUUUGAAAUAUUUUGUCGAACCGAUCAGAGCUAUAUCUGCUAUCUGUGCAUGGUGGACGAACAUAAAGGCCAUGACACAAUCUCAGCUGCAGCAGAAUGGAAAGACAAACAGAGGCAGUUGGGGCAGACCCAGAGGAGAUUCCAGCAGAGAAUCCAGGAGAGAGAGAAGGAGCUGCAGGAGCUGAGGAAGGCUGUGGACACUCUCAAGAGCUCUGCACAGACAGCAGUGCAGGACAGUGAGAGGAUCUUUACUGAGAUGAUCCGCUCCAUUGAGAGAAGGUGCUCUGAGGUGAAAGAGCUGAUCAGAGCUCAGGAGAAGGCUGAAGUGAGUCGGGCUGAAGGACUCCUGAAGCGACUGGAGCAGGAGAUUGCUGAGUUGAAGAGGAGAGAUGCUGAGCUAGAGCAGCUUUCACACACAGAGGAUCACAUCCAUUUCUUCAAGAAUUUCCCGUCAAUCAGAGACUCUCCUCACUCCUCGCCCAGCAUGACCUUCAACCAAAGCUUCUCUUUUGAGGCUGUGAAGGAAUCUGUCUCUGCAGUGAAGGUGCAGCUGGAGGAGAAACUGGAUGACAUCUUCAGGCAGGAAGUAGUCAGGAUAUCUGCAGCAGUGACGAAUAUCCAGAUCAUUCAGUCUUUAGAAUGUGAGUCUCUCUCUCUCUCACACACACACACACGCGCACACACACACACACACACACACACACACACACACACAAUCAUACUAUUGUUAUCAUUAGUUAUUACACUGAUCAGUAUUGUAGCCCUCUGAGUUCUAGUUUGAUGAAGCCAUCUGAUGAAAUAUGGUGUUUUCAUAUCAUGUGUCUGUAUUAGCAUUUGCACUAUGAGUUUAAACUGCAUUUGAAAUUUGAUCUCAGUUUUGGGUUGAAGCAUUAGAUACAUCAGUACAAAUAUUGUGAACAGGGUUUAGGUUACAUUCCUGGACACCAGUGAUGGUUUUAUGUUAUAUCUAAGCACUGUAAAGCUGAAUAACCCUUGGUAAAGGAAAAGGCAGUUGCCUAAGAAAUAACAUUUGCUUUCACACAAGUGAAACGUCUUUUCACAGAUCUGUCACAGUUGCUAAAAACAAACAUUAAAGAAAACAAAAAACCUGAAGAUGAAGCCGGCUAAAACUAUAUGGGCUUAGUCAGUGUGUUAAAAUAAGUGUGUGAGUCUGGUCUUCAGAUCCUGGGUGAAUGAGUGUCUCUCUGUGUUGGGAUCCCAGAUGCUGAUCCUGAGCUCCCAGUCAGAAGAACACACAGUAAUGAUAUGCUGCCACCAAACAGUAAGUCAUUACUGACUGAUUCUAACAGCCUCUAAGCCUUUAUAUCAGGGGUCUAGCACAGAAAUAAUAGUUUCAAUGUAUUGAUAUAAUCUGAUCUCAAUAAAACCCUUUUUCAGCUACUAGACGUAGAAGGCAGAAGGUGUGGUUGGGCUCCAGAGACAUAAAGGCCUUGAUAUUAAUCAUGUGUAAAAAGUCUUAUUUUUCCAGGGUUUAGAAGAGAAUAAAGCAUAAAUACUAGAUCUUAUCAUGUACAUUGUGAUCAGGGAAACCACAGACAAAAACAGGAGCCAAUGGAGGUCGUAGAUGGAGUUAAAUUUCAGGUUCAGAAACAAACAUUUCUGCAAACCAACAUUUGUUCCCAAAAACAGCGUUAAUGGUCUGGACAGUUUCCUGCCCCUGUUCCCACAUGAGCUCACCUGGGCGUUGUCCUGGCACUGUACUAGGAGGCUGGCAGGGUCAUGUCUGCACCAUCGACACUGAAUUCUACCCCACAAACUAGUGAUUCCCUUUUCUGUUGAAGUAUCAACGCAAUGGAAACUAAAGUGACCUCGUUUUCCAACAGCAGGGCUGUGAUCGGACUUAGGCUACUGCUCUCUCAUUAUUCCCUUUGAACUUCUCUCAAGUUUUUUAUCAUAACUCUGGGAAUUUGACAUUAAAACAGCAGCAGAUUUGGGACACUGCAUUCCAUGUUACUGUCAGGUGUGAGACUGAAUGGAUGCGUCCAGACAAACUCCGGAUCCUAUUUUGCGGAUAUUCUCCAGAGUUAAUUUCUGAACGAGACUAACAACAUCCCAGUGUACAUACUCUAAACGGAUUUUACCCACUAUGUCUACAAUUAGGAUGUGUUCAUGAAUCAAUUCAAUGGUUUAAGAACUGAAGGACUUUUAAACGCCUUUACCAUCCUAAUGAAGAUGAGUGGCUCUUGAAUUAGUGCAUCUCCGUCUUCUCUUGUCAGUGGGAGGUUGGAGGUCUCUAAGAUUUUAGCAGCUGAAGACUAAAAAUAUCACUUAACCUUGAAGUGGUGUUUGGGUUCAACCUGAAACUCAAUGGCUUUGGAUCAUUUGUUUUAAAAAGAACACUAGUUCUGAUUUAGUUCAUACUGAAUCCCCCCCCAGACACACUAAUUUAUUUUGUAACAUAUGUUAUGCUCGGGUCUGCUGGACCCAGAUUUCAUAAAGGUUUAAGCUGUAGGAGACAGAUGCCCUCUGUAAUAUCUGAAACUCCUCAUAUAUCCAGACAGAGUUACAGUCAUAUGCAGUUGCAGUCAUAUUUAAAGCAUUGGAAUCUUUCCUCUCCCUCCUUUCUGUCAUUUGUAUUUCAGUUGUUCACAAUUGUUUUUAUGAUUGUUCACUUCCCUUCAAAACUAUUCACACAGUGGGCUUUACACACAC